AUGUUGUGUGGAGAUGGCAGAGAAUUCAAGAAACAAAUACCAAAUAUAGGUACAGUGGGAGAAGAUUUUUACUCUUUCCUGGAAAAUGGAAGCGCCGGAUUCUUCAGACAGUGUAGCUGGAUGGGGAAAAAAUACAAUUGCGAUAAGAUCUUCAGACCGAUUAUAACGGAUGAGGGCUUAUGCAUGACUUUCAAUAUGCUCAACGAUGAACAAAUUUAUCGAAACAACGUAUUUCCGCCGCCGAUAAACAGGAAAUUGCCAAACGACUACGCUUUCGAGGAAUGGUCAGCAGAUCACGGUUAUGGAGAAGAAGCUGGUGUCGAAUCCUACCCAAGAAGAGCUCUUUUAUCUGGUUCAUCCAACGCUCUCAUCGUCAAUAUGGAAGUAGCCCUCGAUGAUCUCGAUUAUGCAUGUUCGAAUUUUCAAGGAUUCCAGGUUGUUCUCCAUAAGGCUAUUCGAUUUCCGACAGUUACUGAACACUACUUCCGCGUACCCCUCAGCAAAUCAGUCAUCGUCGCCAUAAGUCCAGCACAGAUAGUGACCUCUGAUGACGUCAAAUAUUACAGUCCGAGAAAACGAAAAUGUUUCUUGCAAGGAGAGAAGACACUGAUGUACUUCAAGAAUUACACGCAGUACAACUGCAAACUAGAAUGUCUCACUAAUUAUACCUUGGAUGUCUGUGGAUGUGUAUCGUUCUAUAUGCCAAGGGAAAAAUAUACCCCGAUCUGUGGAAAUGGAAAUUUAACCUGUAUCAGCUUCGUCAAAAGAUACAUGGACAUUGCCGGUCUUCGACGCUCCCUUGACAAAGAGACGAAUAUCCGCAAUUUCAGCAAGAUCCUCAGCUGCGAUUGCUUGCCUAUGUGUACGAUGGUGGAGUACAAUACUGAAAUAACAGAAAUCGAUUACGACUGGUACAAGAAAUACGAAUCUAUUGGGAACAAAACGGAACGAGAUGAAAAAUACUCCAGUUCCCAAUUGGUCAUCUAUUUCAAGUCAGGCCACUAUAUCCCAUGCGUCAGACAUGAAUUAUAUGGACAUCUGGAUUUUCUGGCAAAUGUUGGAGGUCUUCUGGGAUUAUUCGUGGGAUUUUCAUUGAUCUCUCUGCUGGAAAUACUUUACUUUGUUUCAGUUAGAAUUAUUUGUAAUAUGAAACUUUAUCAACAUUGGUAUGGGGAAUAAACGAAAUUAUCUCAAUGUACAAGUAGAUACUACGAAUUAUAACAUUGUGCAUGGAG